CACGAUAGGAUAAAUGCAUCUGCGCAACUGUCAAAAUAUUUGGGAAGAAUCAAGUUAUGUGUACUUGGCAUGACUGAUUAGCUAUUUAACAGAUCUUUAGAUGUAUUUGGCUAUGUAUUGUAUAAGAUGGACUGAAUCUUGUUUGUAGUUUAACCCUGUGGUGUAUGUAGUUUCGAAGCGUUGUUUACUUUUGGCGUGAUCGAAGAUUACAUGUCGGAUUGAAGUGAACCAGAUAUUAUAGCGCCUGGAAAUUUUCGAUGUUCCCUCGUUAUUUGAUCACCAAAAACCAUCGAUCUCGAAAUAACGGUCGGCUUUAGCGCCCAAGAUGAGCUCACACCAUCACCUGAGUCCUUCAUCCGGUGAAAUAGAACACAUUAAUUUUCUAUCGGACGACAUUGGUGCCUUGUACUUAUCAGAUGAUUACUCAGAUGUAACAUUGGUUGUCGCUGGUCAACGGUUUAACGGUCACAAGGUGAUCUUGGCUGCUCGAAGUCAAUAUUUUCGCGCGCUUUUGUAUGGAGGAUUAAAGGAGUCGAAUCAACAAGAAAUUGAAUUGAAAGGAACCACUUUACCAGCUUUCAAAGGACUGCUUAAAUACAUUUACACCGGUCAUAUGUCUCUUGCCAAUCAACGUGAAGAAGUAAUCUUGGACAUACUAGGUUUGGCACAUCAGUAUGGAUUUGUAGAUUUGGAAACAGCUGUCUCUGAUUACUUGAGGGAAAUUCUCAACAUCAAAAAUGUUUGUAUUAUAUUCGAUGCAGCUCGCCUAUACCAGCUUGAAUUUUUAUCUAAAGUAUGUCAUGAAUACAUGGACAAACAUGCUCUCGAAGUUAUACAGCACGAGACUUUUUUACAACUAAGCCCAGGUGCUUUGAAUGAGCUGAUAGCUCGAAAUUCGUUCUAUGCCCCAGAAAUUGACGUGUUCUUAGCUGUGCAGGCUUGGGUAAAGGCAAACCCAGAUAUGGAAGCUAAGGAUGUUGUAGGUCAGGUCAGACUAGGAUUAAUUGAUCUAAAAGAUUUAUUGAAUAUCGUUCGACCGACUGGGCUGGUAUCUUCUGAGGCUAUUUUAGAUGCAAUUACAGAAAGAACACAAACAAAAGACUCUGAAUUGAACUAUCGUGGUCGUCUUCUGAUCGACGAGAAUGUAGCCCAUCCCAGACUUGGUGCUCAAGUUUUGCAGGGUGAAAUGCGUAGUUUUUUACUCGACGGUGACACCCACAAUUACGACAUGGAACGAGGGUACACUCGACAUGCUAUAACAGAUUCUCAAGCACACGGAAUUUUAAUUAAAUUGGGAACGCAAUGUAUUAUAAAUCAUGUAAAGAUGCUUUUGUGGGAUAGAGAUCUGCGAUCGUAUUCAUAUUACUUGGAAGUAUCGAUGGACCAGAAAGAUUGGGUUAGAGUAAUUGACCAUACAGAAUACUUUUGCCGUAGCUGGCAGUACCUAUACUUUGAGGAAAGAGUUGUCUCUUACAUACGUAUCGUUGGAACCAACAAUACUGUAAACAAGGUAUUUCAUGUGGUCAGCUUCGAGGCAUACUACACACACCAGCCAGUCAAGUUGUCUAAAGGUUUUGUUGUACCGAUACGAAACGUUGCUACAAUGGAGCGAAGUGCUAGUGUUACAGAAGGUGUCAGCAGGUCUCGCAAUGCUUUGUUGAACGGCGAUACAUCCAAUUAUGAUUGGGACAGCGGAUACACAUGCCAUCAGCUUGGGUCUGGUGCCAUUUUAAUACAACUUGGACAACCAUAUAUGAUUGACUCUAUGCGAUUGCUACUUUGGGAUUGUGAUGAACGUUCUUACUCAUACUACAUUGAAGUGUCUGGUAAUUCAUGGGACUGGGAGGUUGUUGCAGAUAAAACAAAAGAAGCUUGUCGAUCUUGGCAAACUCUUCGCUUUCAUCCGCCAAGACCAGUUGUUUUCAUUCGCAUUGUUGGAACACACAACACUGCCAAUGAAGUAUUUCAUUGCGUACAUUUCGAAUGUCCGGCACAAACAGAGGAUGAAAAAGCUAUCAACUCACCGACUAAGCGAGUUAAAAAAUCAGUGGGAAACACUCUUAAUCCCUUGCUGCCACCGCCACCAGAAACUGCAACUGAAGCUGUCAACAUUGACAAUGAAGACAACUCGACAGAUGAAUCGUUGGUUGGUUCUGUUGCCUUUUAAAAAAAUCCUGACUAGGCUUAACACUGUAUUAUAAACUAAGAAUGUCGGUUAAUAAUAAUGUUUCAACGAGGUUCAAGAUUCGUGUGAGUUCUCUUAACAAAUUUUUUGUAAUCACAUUAGUUUAAAUUCAUUUCAAUCUUCUGCCCGGCACAUAGAUGUGUGCAAGGUCAUUUAUUGAAUACUGGCUACGAUUGCGAUUGACGCGGCCGAUUUUACCUAAAGUCUGCAUAAAUCGCCCCCUCUUUCGAAUAUGGGGUGGCCAGUAUUUGAUAAAUGACUUUGUAUAUCAAUAAAAACGUGGUAAAAAGGUCCCAAGUUGUUGUGAUACAAAGUGAUUCAUCUAUGUGUACCAGGACGAUUUUAGAAAUUGAAAAUAAGUUGAGGGUACUUACUAUUGCAAAAAAAGUCAUACAAUCGGAGAAAAAAUUGAUUUUGGUGGAAAUCGAGAACGAAAUUUUCGACCGUGCCGUAAACAAAAAGCUAUUGCGCAAUAUUAAGUCUCAAUUACACCGAUUGGGUAUUUGACUCUGAAAAUUAGAGGAAACCAUUUCUAAGAGUUAUGAUUGUACGGUGUCUUUAGUAUAAUGAAUUUUAUGAAUAAAUAUACAUGAACACGUAUAAUCGUAUAUCAUGAUGGUACAAAUUAUAUCAGUGCCAUAAAAAUCUGAUUGUGUGGCAAAUAUAGAUAUACCUAAUGACAACGA